ACGAUUCUUCGGGAUAUGUUCUCGGGGGGAUCUUUUUCUGGUUACACGGGAAGCGCACUUCGGUACUCGCAUUUGUGACAGUUACUUUUAAGUUUCUUAUUCCCUGUCUAUAGCAACCAUGUCGGACGCAUGUACAGGGGAUGCCUGUCGGACCCUUAAUUUUAACGUUGGGGUACUGGGACAUGUGGACAGUGGUAAAACGUCUCUGGCUAAAGCGCUUAGUAGUACUGCGUCCACAGCCGCCUUUGACAAGAACCCCCAAUCCCGGGAGAGGGGCAUAACGCUAGACUUGGGCUUCUCCUCCUUCACCGUGGACCUGCCCGACCACCUACGUGAGGAGAGCGGGUGCAGGGACUAUGACAACUUGCAAUUCACCCUGGUGGACUGUCCGGGCCAUGCAUCGUUGAUUCGAACCAUCAUUGGAGGUGCCCAGAUCAUUGACCUGAUGCUUCUGGUGGUGGACGUGGUGAAAGGCCUGCAGACACAGACUGCCGAGUGCCUUCUGAUUGGAGAGUUCACCUGUCCACGCAUGGUGGUCAUCCUCAACAAGACAGACCUGCUGGCCCCUGAGAAGAGACAGGCUGCCAUAGACAAGAUGACCAAGAGGAUGCACAAGACCCUAGAGAGCACCAGAUUCAAGGAUGCCCCAGUGAUUGCAGUAGCAGCAAAGCCUGGGGGGCCUGAGGCAGCAGAAGCAGAGCAGCCCCAGGGAAUUUCUACACUGAUUGAGCUGCUGAAAUCCCAGACCUACCUCCCUCGCAGAGACCCCUCAGGCCCCCUUCUGAUGGCUGUGGACCACUGUUUCUCCAUCCGGGGUCAGGGAACAGUCAUGACAGGCACUGUGCUGCAGGGGGCGCUGUCCCUAAAUGACAUGGUGGAGAUCCCAGCCCUGAAGGUGACCCGGAAAGUGAAGUCCAUUCAGAUGUUCCGACGCCCGGUUAGCCGGGCUAUACAGGGGGACCGAGUGGGCGUCUGCGUGACCCAGUUCGACCCCAAGCUCCUGGAGAGGGGUCUAGUGUGCUCCCCAGGCUCCUUGCACACCCUUCACGCCGCCAUCAUAUCCGUCCGCAAGAUUGGCUAUUUCCGCGGCACGCUUGCCACACGCAGCAAGUUCCACAUCUCCGUGGGACACGAGACUGUCAUGGCCAGGGCGUCCUUCUUUGGGCUCCCCCCCUCUUCCUCACCUUCAGAGCCCAGUGGCCCCCAGUCCCAGGAAACAGGCUCGCUUCCAGACCCCGUGGAGACCUCCUUCGAUUUCGAGAGGGAGUACCUUUUUCAGGAGGAAUAUGCCCUUGGGAAAUUAGGGGCAUCCACACACCCAGAGCAGUGGACAUUGCUGGAGUUUGAGAAGCCUGUCACAUGUCCUGCUCUUUGCCUGGUGAUUGGCUCGAAGCUGGACACGGACAUCCACGCCAACACCUGCCGGCUCGCCUUUCACGGCCGACUGCUGGAGGGCUUUGAGGACAAGGGCUAUGCAGAGAGCGUGCUUCCACGCCUCCGGCUGUACAAGACCAAGCAGCGGGAGGGUCAGGUGGAGAGGGUGACCGACGACUACACUGUGAUUGGCCGAAACCUGUUCAAGAAGGAGACGAACCUGCAGCUCUUCAUGGGCCUGAAGGUGGCACUAUCUACAGGGGAGGCUGGUAUCAUCGAGGGGGGGUUCGGCCAGAGUGGCAAGUUCAAGAUCCGUGUGCCGGAGGGGUUGUGUGCUGGGACCAAGCAGCUGCUGUCCUCCUCCAAGAAGAAAGCCAAAGGUGGAAGCAAGACUGAACCAUCCAAAGAGGACGAGGCCAGUCACUCACAGCCAGUCAGCAUCUGCCUCACCUUCAAAAGAUAUGUUUUUGACCCCCACAAGAAGAUGAUACAGUCCUGAAUGCUUGUGCAAAUCAAUCAUGGAUGCACAACAUGAGUGAGAAUAUAUGUACUCAUGGUAUAGGGGUGGUAAGGAGGCAGUAUAAGGAUUGGGAUGAAGGGAUGAAAUGAACAGUGUGAUUUUUUUCCCAUUAACAGACAUCCGAGGUGCAAAUGUGCAAGGCUGAGCAUAGUCUCUUCACUGGUCUUCAUUUGGAUUUAUCAUUACAACUCUGGUGUGUUUAUCCAACCCACUAAUCUGUAUCAUUUUAUAGAAUUCCAGUUUGUUAUUUUUACUACUGUUAAAGAUGGGUUUUAUUUGUGAUUUAUCUAUUGAGACUGUAAAUUAAUCUGUUAAUAUAACUAAAAAGAAAGAGUGGUCUAAGCUGAUUGGGGCUGUCCUACUCUGUCUGGGUGAUGUGACAGGCUGCAGUCUGAUGAUGUGUCACUGAUUGUAAUGUUUUAUGUGGUUGAGACUCUGCUCUGCUUGGGAUGAUUUGAGCAGGAGGAGAAAGGGAGUGGAGAUAGACCUGUAUGCUGGCUGGAUGGUCAUGUAACGAACGCAAGUCUGCCGUUAUUGGGAAAGAGCAUCGGGGAACAAGCAGUCGGGACUUCAUGCUAAUUGGGCUGCUGUUCCUGUCUCUGUCCUCUCCUCAUGUCCUCUGUUUUUCAUGAGAAUAUGCUUUCUGUUAAUGUUUCUUUUUUUUUUUUUUUUUUUUAAAGGAAAUGUUUUUACUGAAUUUGACAGAAUAAAGUCAACAUGAACAUGCA